GUACAUCUUGGAGAGCAAACGUAGGGUAAAAGAUCCUGAAGAGCGAGAGGGGCAGAAGAAAAGGGGGGUUUUCAAAGCCGGGCGAUUCGCCGGUUUCGUGUAUGGGUUCCGCCGUCCCUCUGGAUUCCGAUCUCGAUUCGGAGCUCCUCUCUGCCCUCGAUACCCUCGGCGUCAACAAGAAUAUGGAGGCCAUGGAACAUGUUCUGGUAUUAGAAGUCCCUGACACCCCUGAUAAGCAGGCAACCAGAUGCACAGUCAAUGACUGCUCCAGGACCUCAGGGAUGCUCAUUGAUCUCGACAAAGAACUAGUUGCUUCUUCAGAUCAGAAAGUGGCUCCUGCGGCAAAAAUAGAUGCUCAUCACUGUUGGAGAUCUAAUGUGUGUGAGGUGGCUUGCCGCAGUACUGCACGAGACAAUAACAGUCGUCUAAGAUUAAGGGGCUCUUUGGCUAACACACAUUACAGGAAUCAUUUUCUGCCAAACAAAGGCAAAGUACUUGAUUCCGAUCAGGAGAAGAGUGUCAAGUCGACUGGACUCCAUCAGCAAAUUUCUAGUCACGUUUCUUAUCCCACUCAUUGUAUGGACUUGAGGAGGAAUAGUGAGCAAGAAGCGUCUUGUCAGGGAAAGAAUAUAAAGAAUUGUGUGUACACUGGAUUGCAUGGUGAAAAAAUAUCUCAACAAAAUAGUUACUUUGGAAGGUUGGAGACUGGAAGUAGAUUUCCUUUGGAACCAGGCGAUAAUGCUGGCAAUGUAGAGAGAGAUAAAGAAAAAGGUAAGCGGAUUGACAUUAGCAGUGAUUCACAAGUUGCAUCAGAAGAACUGCCAAGACAAUUGCUGCCUAGUAGGUUUCAAAGGAAGAUGACUCAGAAGAGGCUAGUACGUAAUGGUGUUAUUUCUCCUAAUAAUAUUGCAAAGAGUAAAAUUUCGUCCAAAGUUGAUGGUCUAAACAUCAUGAAGUCUUUUGCUGGUGAAACAUGCUCCCUGCUUACCGGUGUCAGCCUUCAAGAUUACAAGAAAGAAAGUGUUACACAAAGUUCAUCGUGUCUAGACGAUCGACCAACAAAAGUUGUUAAUGGGAGAAUUGAAGACAAGAAGCUAGUGCAUAAUGGUUGCAUUGCCCCAAAUAACAUCCAACAUGGUAAAAAUGUGAUGGAAGAUGAUAGUGUUGGAAAUGUUCUCUCUGGUGGGAAUUCUGCAGAUCAAGUUGAAAUCGUCAGUCCCAAUCCGAAAGAAGUUUGGCCUGAUAGAAAGAAAGGAAAAGAAAUUUUGAAUGCCGGUAAAGCACAAAAUAAUGUACGGAGAACAGAAGUUGAAUCUCAGUUUGACAGGGAAUGUUUAAAAUCAAGGCAGGAUGUAACUUCUGUUGCAGUCAGCAGUGAUGAUACACCUGAAUUUGCAAAAGCAGGUCAGAGGGCCCUGAGAGAUCAUAAAGGAAAAGCUCCUGUAGACUUAUCUUGUCAAAGUGCCAGUGUUUCCAAUAGUGAAGAGACCAUAGGUCAAUUACUUGAUCAAACACAUGAAAAUGAAAUUGUAAUGGUAGAAGCUGACCAUGUGAAUCUUCUUCAUGACAAUCCUGAGAUAAUAUUUUCUCAUCAUGAAUCAAAUUCAAGCAUGGUCUAUGUGACCUCUGAAUCUGAAUCUGAAUCAGAAAAUGGGAGGUGCCAUAGGUGCCUAAAGCAGAAGCCAAAAAGGAAAUGUAAUGCAGUUCGGUCACAUUUUGGUGAAAGCUCAAGCUUACCUUUAGAAUUCUUUGAAAAGUCUUACAUCCAAUCCUAUACUGAAGCUUCAAAUCCAAAAUCCAUUAGAUGCCACAAUGCCAAGUGGCAUGGAGAAAUUUUGGGGCGACAUUUAGAAGUUGACAAGAUAAGUUCCCCUAGAAUUUUCCAAGAGAAUGGUUGCAGUCAUUAUAAUGCAAUCCAAAGCCAAGUUGAGUCAGAUGAGAUAUUAGCUCGUCAACUUCAGGAGCAAUUUUAUCAUGAAUUGCCAGGCUUUGAAGGCACAGAGGAGAGUGAUGCAAGUAUAGCUUGGUCAUUGCAGCAGGAGGAGGAUGACAGAUAUGUUGCAUCUUCAAGGAGGAAUCGAUCUCAUCCUAGGGAUGCAUCUAUGGCGCAUUUAUUUGUACACGGUCCACGUCCUUCAUUCCGUAGUUAUUCCCAACAGUUGACAAAUCGUGCUAGAGUUUCAGCAUCAGGCAGAUUGACCCAAUUUAGGAGAAACUUCAACAGUCCUGAUAUGGAUCUUGAGAUGUCAAUAAUUGCUGAACUACGGAGAAAUUUCAACAAUGGCGAAAUGGAUCUGGAGACGAGGCUCAACUUCUUGGAAGCAUUGGAAGCUGCGUUUGAGAAUGAACAAGACAUGGAGAUUUUAGAUGAUACUCUUCUGGUUCAACGUGACAUCACCGAAGAUGACUAUGAGAUGCUGUUGGGCCUUGAUGAAGACAACCAUCAACAUUCUGGUGCAUCAGAGAGUCAGAUCAACAUCUUGCCAGAAUCAGUGAUCCAGAGUAAUGGCAAUGUAGAAGCAUGUGUCAUCUGCCUUGAGCCACCGACCGUUGGAGAUGUCAUCCGUCAUCUGCCUUGCUUACAUAAAUUUCACAAAGAAUGCAUCGACACAUGGCUCAGGAGGAAGACUUUGUGUCCAGUAUGCAAAUCUGGUAUUUCUUAAUAUGCAAAUAAAUUGACUUCUCUGCUUUUGGUAGAUUGACAAAAGCUUCUCAGGAAAUAUUUUUUUGAAAUUUAGUGGUCUCUGAAAGUAUCCAGCUCAUUUUUAUAAGUGCAAAUUAUUCACCCAUGUUCUUGUUUGUCGCCUGAGAACUGUUCUUGUCAAUUUCUUAGUUGAAACUAGAAUCAGUAUCCAUAGCUGCAAGCAACAGUUGGGGCAACACCUUGUUCCUAACUUUUCAUAUUGCAAAUGAUAUCGCUAUAAUUUUACUGUUC